AUGAAACAAUUUCAAAAAGAUUGUGCAUCAAUCAGUAUAAUCACCUCAUCUUUAAUUGAUCUGAAGCAACUCGAUCAAUCAUUUAUGUAUUCACAAAUAUUGAAAGAGAUUCUUAUAGAAGACCCCUUUGACGAAGAAGCCAAACAUAAAUUUGUCGAUUUUUGUCAUAAAUACAAUGCUGAAUAUGAUAUUGAUUUAAAUGUGAUUGAUAAAUUUAUUGAUGAUUAUGAUCUUCAUUCACCUAUUUGGUGGUAUACCAAAGAAGCAUUUAUUUAUUCAAUAGUCAAUCGAGCUCUACGAACUCAGAAUAUUGAAGUGAUCAUCAAAAUGGGUUUCUUCAUACGCGAUCUUCAUCGACAAAUAGAACAACUUCAUCGAGACGAAAUGCAAUCAACAGAGAAAACAAUUGUUUACCGAGGACAAGGAUUAUCUCAUAGUGAAGUCGACAAAUUGAACAGUAGCAAAGGUGGUCUUUUAUCAUUCAACAAUUUUCUUUCGACUAGCACUGAUCGACAAGUUUCGUAUGCAUUUGCAGAUAGUGCUGGUAGCAAUCCAGAUUUGAUCGGUAUUUUAUUUCGAAUGGAAAUCGAUCCAACGAUUCGAUCAAGUCCAUUUACUUCUCUUGAUAACGUGAGCUAUUAUGGGACUUCAGAGAAGGAAAUUUUAUUCUCAAUGCAUACUGUCUUUCGCAUUGGGAAAAUUGAACAGCUUGGACAUCAUUUGUGGUACGUUGAUCUCAUUUUAACAAAUGAUGAUGACGAUGAGCAACUUCGUCAACUUACUGAACAAAUGCGACAAAUAACUUGUGGAUCAACACGACUUGAACGUCUCGGUGCACUGAUGAUUGAAAUGGGCGAAAGUAACAAAGCUCAAGAGAUGUAUGAAACAAUGCUCGAAACAGCAUGUAAUACAGAUGUAAAAGAAAAUGCAGAACUUCACCAUCAGUUAGGCUAUGUUUUUGACCAGAAGGGUGAACUCGAUCGAGCAUUAUUACAUUAUCGUGAGUCAUUCAAACUUCAUUUGACUUUUGUGUCACCCGAUGAUCCAUGUAUGUCCACCAUUUAUUCAAAUAUUGGCUCGGUUCUUCAUGAUCUAGGUAAAUAUGAUGAAGCAUUGGAACACUAUCAACGAGCUCUUACUGUCGUUGCUGGCGAAUCUUCGGAAAAGGAUGCACUCUUUCACAAUAACAUUGGUACAGUGCUUCGUGAUAAAGGCAAAUACGAUGAGGCACUUAAAAGUUAUGAGCGUGCACUCAAUAUUCAACUCGUUUGUCUUUCAUCUCUACAUCCAUCACUAGCCACCACGUAUGGUAACAUCGGUCAAGUCUAUUUCUCAAUGGGAGACAAUUUGAUAGCACUUUCAUACUAUCAGAAAGUGCUUGAUAUACACAAGAGAUCUUUACCACCUGAACAUCCCUUAGUUGCUACCUGUCUAAAUAAUAUGGCCUCGAUUUACUAUGCAUUAGAAGACUAUUUGACUGCUAUCUUGUACUAUCAAAAAGCACUGAACAUCAUGGAAAAAUCAGAAUCAUCUCAUCAUCCAACAUUAGCUGUCAUGUACAUUAAUAUAGCCAUGCUUUUUCAACUUCUCGGUCAAAACAAUGAAGCUAUUGGACAUACAGCACAAGCCGUUGAUAUUGCAAGUCAGGUGUUCGGAUCUGAUCAUCCUGAAACACUUAAAUAUAAACAAUACCUCAAUAACCUUAGAAAUUCAUUCUAA